ACCAAUGAGAGGUUGAUUAUAGGUCGUUAAUUCUCUUAUUCAACCGACGAAUUUGAUGUUUUUGUUUUUAUGAAUGCGUGAUAGUUUGAAUUUCAAAAGUUGACUUAAUUAAAAAAGCUCAUACAAUUCUUUAUAUUAUAUAUAAUUUCGUUUUAAGAAAAUAGUAGAAAUUUGAAUAAAUUAUUCAUAAUCAUCCCAGAAAAUCGUGAGUGCUAAUAAUCAUAAAAAGUUGGUGUUUUUAAGUAAUUAAGGGGAUCUUCAAGAUCGCAACUUUCUUUCCAGUUCAUAAGGUAGGAUCUGUAAAAUGGGGAAACAACUCGUCAAGUGCUUUGUGGUGGACGCUUUCACCGAUUCCGCUUUCAAGGGAAAUCCAGCAGCAGUAUGUUUCUUAGAGGAAGAGAAAGAUGACAAGUGGUUGCAAGCUGUGGCUGCCGAGUUCAACAUUUCCGAGACCUGCUAUUUGACUCCCAUCAAUCUCCCCGAUACUGUCAAUUCAAAUCCCAGGUUCCAUCUUAGGUGGUUCACUCCUGUUGCUGAGGUUAAGCUUUGUGGUCAUGCAACGCUAGCUGCUUCACACAUUCUCUUUUCUAAUGGAUUGGUAACUUCUAACGUUAUUGAGUUUGUUACACUAUCUGGUAUCCUAACUGCUAAGAGGGUUUCUGAUAUCAGCAGAACUGAUGACUUGAGUAAUCAAAAUAGCAAAGCAAAAGAGUGUUUUCUUAUUGAAUUAGAUUUUCCUACUGUCCCAACUACUGAAUUCAACUCUCUUGAUCUUGUGUCGAUUUCUAAAGCCCUGAAUGGCGCUUCCAUAAUUGAUAUCAAGAGGACUACUGGUGCAGAUGACCUCUUUGUUGUCUUGCCAUCUGCUAAAGCUGUUACAGAAUUACAGCCACAGUUUGAUGAGAUACUAAAUUGUCCUGGAAGGGGGAUAAUUGUUUCUGGGGUUGCUCCAUCAGGGUCUGGAUUUGACUUUUAUAGUCGAUUUUUCUGUCCCAAAUUUGGAAUCAAUGAGGAUCCUGUCUGUGGAAGUGCACAUUGCGCUUUAGCCCCCUACUGGGGCAAAAAGCUUGGAAAGUGUGAUUUUAUGGCUUAUGCGGUAACUUUUCCUCUUUGCUUCUGCCAUCUCUCUCCGUCUCAAAUGUUCAUGCAGAACAACAUGAACACAGUUUUUCUAAAUUGCAUAUUGCUCAGAUUUGUUUUAUUUGGUCAGGCAUCACCGAGAAGUGGAAUAUUGAACAUUCAUUUGGAUGAGCAGAAGCAGAGAGUGCUGCUGCGAGGGAAAGCUCGUACUGUGAUGGAAGGCUCUCUUUUAGUUUAGAUUCUGGAGUUAUUCCACUGCAUGUAUUACUAGAUUGAAAUAAUGGGAACCGCUGAAUUGAUGAUCCCUGCUGAAUCUCGAUUGUUUUUUUGUAUUACCAUGUAAUUUAUCUUUCACUGGACAACUUUUGACUGACUUGUAAUGGCAUAUGCAGCACUCUCUCUC